AUGCAACAUCUCUGUUCGGCCCGUUGCUUGGCCUUUUAUUCAGCAAGUGCUGCCUAUAUGCGCCAUGGGAGACGCUACAAGGAAAAUUUUUAUGAUGUCCUGAAAAUACCACCAAAUUCCAAUAAUCAGGAGAUCAAACGGGCGUUUAUUCAGCUAUCCAAAAACUCGGAGGAAUUUGUGAGAAUCUGCGAUGCGUAUCGGGUAUUAAUAAGGAAUAAGGAAUCGCUGCGCUCACAGUAUGAUAGCCGCAUAAGGAUGGAUUCUCCGGCAGUGGACACCAGCUACUCCCUGGUCAAUGGGCACAAGCAUUGGCAACAAUAUCAGGCAGCCAUCCGAAAGAAGCCCUAUCUCUAUAGGAGUAUCUAUUUUUGGAAUUGGAAGACUGGCUUUUAUUAA